UGAUAAUACGUAUCUGGGACCGUUGUCCUACCAGCCGAUUCCGUUCAGUAAGACUGGCAAUCCGAUUAUGUCGACGGUUGCGUUCCUGGCUUCGGUAGUAGAUCCGAGGAUUUCUGCCAGAGCUGCCAAGGCCGCAAUGUAAGAGUUUGCCGCUAUUAAGGACGAAGUCCCCGCUACGAUGAUGGAUGCCCAUCUGAAAAAUUUAGAAAAGUUCAGCUUCGGAGGAAAGUUUGAUCCGUACGCUGGGUUGGCAACAAGCGGCAUUGCCGGUACUGGUCCUUACAAGGAUAAGGAAGAUGAAGAGAGCAAAGUCCCUGGAGCCGCUGGCACUGCCGGAACGGGUGCUCCAGCUACUCCGGGAUCCACUGAUGUCGAGAUGAAGGAUGGUUCCAAGAAGGACGACGAGAAUUCUUCUCAAGAAGAUGAUGCUAAAACGUCUGAUUCUAAUGCUGCGGCAGGAUGCGACCAGCAAAAGUCAGAGGCCGUAGCAGAAGCCGACAAGGGUAAGGACAAGGAAGGACCUUCGGAACUUGCCAAGGAGAAUGGUGACCCGAAGGUAUUUAACGAGGGAAAUCUCCAAUCGGCAGCAGCCGCCGUCAAAGCAAAACACUUAGCUGCCGUUGAAGAGAAGAAAUUCAAGAGCUUGGUUGCUCUGCUGGUCGAAACACAGAUGAAGAAACUGGAGCAGGCUCAUCAGCGAUUCCUGCUGGAACAAGGUCAAUGGCAGCAGCCUGCGAUAGGUGGUGCUCCGGCAGCUGGCGUUACUCCGCCUCAGCAACCUCCGCAAGGCCCACCCUGA